UCUACGACUGUUUGAACACCGGCCGGCCGGCUGCGCUCCAGUUCUUAAUCCUCAGUCAGAAAUCACAAUCCCAUUCCAGGUGCAAUGGAUUUUGCCAUACUGUUGCUUCUCUUGAUCUUUGCACCAGCAGGGAUGCCAUCAUUUACCAGCUGCCCCUCAUCCACCUUCGAUCAUGUUGUCAACUCAGAAGGUGCACUUGAGUUCCCCUUGUUUCACACCGACCACCCGUGCGUCCAACAACAUCGUGGUCGUCCGAUGUCAACUGAAAGCAUCAGUGAAACUGAUGAUACAGACCUACCCAUUGACUUGAUACGGAAUGACAGCAUAAACAACUUUGCCUUUCUAAUGCCCGUCCAGCUGGGCACGCCACCGGUCUGGAACCUCGUGGCAGUUGACACUGGAUCUCCAUUCUGCUUUGUUCAGUGUAGACCUUGCACCCUCUGGUGCAACGAUCAAGAGGGUGCUGGCCAGAUAUUCGAUCCCAAGAAGUCCAAGAGUUUCAGGCGUAUUGGGUGCUCGGCGAAAGCCUGCCGAGCACUUCAGUCGCGGCUGCGUCUGCCGUUCAAAGCAUGCAUGGAGAAAGAGGAUAGCUGCCUUUACAGUGCCUCAUACGGGAAAGGAUCCUAUUAUUCAGUCGGCAAGCUGGUGGCAGACACAAUCUCCAUUGGGCGUGAUGGCAAGGGAUACAGUAUUCCCAGCUUCAUCUUCGGCUGCAGCUUGGACAUCGAGUAUGAUCAGGGCGAGGCCGGCAUAUUCGGGUUCGGUGCCGCGCCGUCUUCUUUCUUCUCACAGGUAGUACGGGUGGUUAACUAUCGGGCAUUCAGCUACUGUUUUCCGAGUGACAGAAAGAAGACUGGAUAUUUGUCCAUCGGGGAUUACAACCGUGACAAUUCUACUUCUUACACCCCCUUGUUCGUGGCUCAUCAACGGCCAGUGUUUGCACUGACGCUGGAUAAGGUGGUGGUCAAUGGGAUCACGCUGAUCACAGACCCCUCAGAAAUGAUGGUUGACACUGGGGCAAAAUGGACGGUGCUGCGGUCUGAUACCUUCAGCCAACUUGAGACGGUAAUCUCCAAGGCUUUGGGAACUUUGGGAUAUAAGCGCACCCUUGUUCUGGGACCAAAUCAUAUGUGCUAUGAGGAGGACUUAUUCACAGUGUUCCGCAAUUGGUCCGCUUUGCCUGUGGUACAACUUUCGUUCGACAUGGGUGCUACACUUACAUUGGCACCCGAGAGCUCAUUUCAUUUUAGAAGCAGUCAUGGACUAUGCACGUAUUUCAUGAGAGAUGCUGGCAUGGGGAAAGCAGGUUUGCAGCUGAUGGGGAACUCGGUCACACGAUCGAUCGGCGUCACCUUUGAUUUUCAAGGGGGGCGGUUUGCUUUUCGGGAUGGAGACUGCUGAUCAGUCAGUGUAAUGCGAGUGUGACCGGUCAGUUGUUCUUAUUAAAUGCUCAAUUAAAAUGUUAAUAUUGUGUAUUGGCAGGCAAAGGAUUGGCACAUCCUCAACGGCGCAGGACAUGUCCUCUAGGACACCAAUGACUGGCGCCGGGCAUGAAGAGUUUGCGGCUGCUCCUGCGGUUCUGCUCGCUCGUUCAGGAGCUUCGUGUGUUCUUGUUUCAGUACUAGAUUCCCAAUAAUUGUAACAAUGCAUGUCCAGCUUGUGCACUACUUGGCUAUUAAAGAAUAGAAAGAU